AUGUACAAGUCAAAGCUGCAAGAAUUGUGUCAUAGCAAGAAAUGGGCACUUCCUCAAUAUUGUUGUAUGAGAGAUGGAUCAGAUCACAAUCCAAAAUUCAAAGCUUCUGUUAUUGUCAAUGGCAUCAAUUUUGACUCUCUACCUUUGCGCAAAUCAUCAAAAGAAGCACAUAAUGAAGCUGCUAAGUUUGCUUUCCUUCACUUUACUAAUGGUUUGAGCUAUAUGUUGUUCAGACUCUUCAAAAAUGUUGCCACGUCAGUGUUGGAUCCUCCAAAAAAGAUCGGACAUGCACCUGUUGGCAUUUUUGAAGAGUUCGAACAACGUAGUGUUUCACAUAGAAGCUCUGAUGGUUCACUUCCAACUGCAGAAGAUUGCAGGCUAACAAAAAUUGAUGCAAGUCUGCAGGAUAAAAGUACUUCUGAGAUCAAGCAAGGUGGUUCACUUCUAGCUAUAGAAGAUAGUGGACUAACGAAAACUGAGGAAACAUGUCAACAUCUGCAGGAUCAUCUUAAUACUUCUGAGAUCAAGCAAGAAGAGUCUCAUUAUCAGUACAAGACGAAGCUGCAGAUGUAUGCAAAAAGGAAAAACCUUGGCUUACCUGUGUACUGCAGUAAAAGGAUGAGUUCAGCUCAAGGUCUUUAUUUCGAGGCAACUGUGACAGUGGCUGGUGAAUUGUUCAAAAGUCCCGGAGCAUACAAGAGUUCAGAGGAAGCAGAAGAAUCUGUUGCACAGUUUGCAUUAAUGAAACUCGUAACCGUUGCCUUAGAAAAGAGUAAUACCGGCAGCUACAAGAGUUUCCUGCAAGAACUAGCACAACAAGAAGAAAUUUGCUUGCCUAGAUAUAAAACAACCAGGGCCGGUGAGCCUCACAAUCUGACAUUCUUCUCAAGUGUAGAAAUUGAAGCAGAAAUCUUUCAUGGGGAUGGCGCAAAGUCCAAGAAACAGGCAGAAGAAAAUGCUGCCAAGGUUGCUUAUACAGCUUUAACAAAAUGCAAAUCCAUAUAUGCUGGUAAUCUUUCAACUGUUUCCGCGGAGUUGGAAGGUGAAAUUGUCAAAACUGAACCUAUCAUGGAAUCACUGUCCAUUUCCAUUAGUCAAGAAAAAUUCAGAGAUGAAGAGGAGAUAGUUUACUCUAAACAUACAUCUCCAAAGUCCAUAGGUGCUGAUAAAGUUAAUGCAUCUUCACUUACGCUUGGCGUCCAAGAGCUCAGUGUCAACGAGAAAUCCCCUUCUUCAGUGGAAUCAUUGCACCAUUUGCCUAGUAAAACUACACCAUCCAAAUUUCCUACUGUCUUGAAUGCAAAUUCUAGUGCGAGGAGGACUGCAGAAACCAAAAGUUACCUCCUUUCCAACAGGUUCAGAGUUUACAAAUCCAUUCCAGACGGGGUCCUCCCCACGGGUACUAUUGUACUUCCUAUUGCUGAAGAUAAGUGGGCUGUUGUGAGCUUGGAAUUCCUCAAUGAGAAAUGUGGCUAAUUAUGUACUAUUACAGUAGAAGCAUGCUAGUUACGUUUAUCGUCCUCUUAUACAUAGAGGCUA